UGGCUAAACGUGGUAUGUUGUGUGAGCAGUGAAGGCCUGUGUGUUUACGUUUGUUACGUUAGAUUAAAUAGUUUUGUAGUAGAUAUCGGGUUUGUUCGAAGAGUAUGAGCCACGCGAGUUGCGGUUAAAAUGAGUGACAACCUCAACAAAACAACUGAAUCUUUAACGAAGGGUGACAAUAAUCCGGCUGUUCCCAUGCAUGAUUUUCUUUCCAAACCCAAUUUGGCGGCCUGUAAGAACGGUGGAAAAAUCUUGUUUGCCACAGAUGAUGGAUUUGCAGUAGCAGAAAACUUAUUAAAGGAAACAAAACCAGAGUGGCGUGAAGGAGUUUAUACAGAAUAUGGGAAAUGGAUGGACGGAUGGGAAUCCAGACGUAAAAGAGUUGCCGGACACGACUGGUGCAUUAUUAAACUAGGCAUUCCUGGUUGUUUGCACGGUUUUGACGUGGAUACGUCUUACUUUAUAGGGAAUUAUCCCCCAAGAGUAUCAAUCCAAGCGGCUGUUUUACCAACUGAACAAGAGGAAAAACUACCGAUUCGCCGAUCACAUAUAGGAAAUCAAGCUUAUUUGGAUGAAAUGGUGACGGUCAAUGCCUUGCACACAGAAUUGUGGGAAGAAGUUGUACCCAUGUCAGAAUUGAAACCUGGUACUCCUGAGACAUGCCACAACUAUUUCAGUUCGCAGAAUCGUAACGACAGGUUCACCCAUAUACGCCUUAAUUUGUACCCCGAUGGAGGUGUUGCGCGACUUCGCGUUUAUGGUUUACCGAAGUUCGACUGGACAACUGUGCCUACAUCUGAACGGGUGGAUUUAGUAGCUUUAUCAAACGGCGGAGAAUGUAUCGGAUUCAGUGAUGCGCAUUUUGGUAACCCUAAGAAUCUUAUUAGCCCUGGAAGAGGUACCGGCAUGUACGAUGGCUGGGAAACGGCUAGAAGACUGGACAGACCCUGUAUUCUUGAAGAGGACACAAAUGGUCAUUUAGUUGUUACGGGGAAAGAGUGGGCCUGUUUUCGACUUGGACACUGUGGUAUCGUCACUGCAGUAGAGGUUGAUACUCAUCAUUUCAAGUGCAACUUUCCUGACUAUUGCCUUUUGGAGGGCUGCUUCGCACCGGUCGGAGAGGAGGAAAAAUUAAUGAAAAUGGAAGGAGAACCCUGGAAGACUAUCCUGUCAAAUCAAAAGCUACUUCCCAAUAAACCACACUAUUUUUCAGGAGCCUCCAUGAUCCAGCCACACGGUACUGUUAAUCUUAUUCGUCUUGUUAUGGCUCCAGAUGGAGGAAUAAGUCGACUUCGAAUUUGGGGACACAUUCGUCCUUCAAAGAACGAAGGACCCGUGCGUGCUAACCACUCGAUUUGAAAUUGUGUAACCAAAAUUAUUCCAAAAUUCUUUCCACAACAGGUUUAUAACUUCACUGCCAUAGGGUAAUGAAACAUUUUAAAGUUUUUAUUCUAGGGGGAAAAAAUUGGCUAGUGGUUAAGUUAUUCAGAAGGAAAAGUUAGGUUCAGGCUGAU